CGAAAGCAAUUUUCUCAAUACACUCUCAAACCCUCUUUCAACAUGCGAUUCUCCUUAAUUUCCACCGUCUUCCUGAUUGGGACCGCUUUCGCUCAAGCCAAGCUUCCUGCAAACGCGCCAUGCAAGCAAGAUGGAAGCCUGGGAACUUGUGAAUCAGGACUAUGUGUGCAAACUUCUGAUGAGGCUCAAGGAUCGUGCAAGUGAGCGCAUUCCCAGAAACUGGGUGAAGGGAAUGACAUGGCGUGUGAUUAGACUGCAAUAAAAAAAUUAUUGUCUAAUCAUUCGGCGGGUUGAGCAUUUGCCAUUUUCUUCUACUCGUCUAUAUCUGGAAACGAGUUGCUGUUUGUUGUAUUCAAUAUCCUGGUCAUUCAUAUCUUAUGCCAUGGCCAAGUCAUUCGUUAGCUAGAGGCAAUUCAAAUAUAAUACGCAGGC